AUGGCCCGAUGUUCUCAGCCGCAUUCGGAAAAUGAGGUACGAGAGAAAUCCUCCACGUCAGAGGCUUCAUUCUUUCCCACAUCUGCAUCCAAUUCUGAAGGCUCAUGUGCAGAGGAAAGGGGCACUUGGAAACCUAAAGCUGCCUUACUGAAAGCUGUCCGAGAUGGUAAGCAUGAUAUAGAAAAGCUCUGCAUAGCUUGUGAUAGAAUUGACUGUGAAGUAGUUGCUCCUCAUCCCUAUUUUCAUGGUGGUACAUGCAGUGCAUGCAAGGAUGAAUUAGAAGACUUGUCUGGCUUUGCUUCUGAUGGCACCUCGAUGUACUGCAUUAUUUGUGGCAGUCCUGGAGAACUCAUUGUUUGCGACGGUGAUGAAUGUGAAAAGGUAUUUUGUACAGGAUGCAUUGAACUUCUAGUGUCUCCAAAGGCAGUAAAAGAUAUUAUGGAUACUGACCCAUGGGAAUGUUUUCUCUGUACACCAUAUAAAUUGGGAACCCAUGGACUCCUUAAACCAAGACCAGAUUGGAAGGAAAAGGCUGCCAGCGGCCCUAGUGACCCUCAGGAAAACCUUCCAGAGGUUGAGGAUGACACUCCUGAUAUUUCAACCUUUCCUCAGAAACCUAUGAGAGUCUUGUCAUUAUUUGAUGGGAUUUCUACAGGUCUGUUUGUACUGGAUAAACUAGGAUUAGAGAUUGAAUUCUAUUAUGCUGCAGAAAUCAAUGAAUCAGCCAAGAAUGUUGCCUCUUUAAAUUUUGGUCCUAGAGUUGUUAACAUUGGUGAUGUACAAGCAGUCUCAGACAAGAAGAUUGCAGAAAUGUGCCCCAUUGAUCUCCUUAUAGGUGGUUCACCUUGCAAUGAUCUCAGCUUUGUUAACCCAAAUAGAAAAGGAUUGUUUGAUCCUACUGGCACUGGCAUACUGUUUUUUCACUACUUCAGAGUAUUGAAGACUAUUCUUCUUCAUAAUAAGGGUACACACUUGUUCUGGUUAUUUGAGAAUGUAACUCACAUGCCAAGAGAAUUUAAAUUUCAAAUUAGUACGUUUUUACAACGAGAACCUGCCAUAAUUGAUGCUAAGUAUUUUUCACCUCAGAGUCGGCCACGUUGCUUUUGGGGAAAUAUACCAGAUAUGUAUAAACCCCUUCCACCGGAAGUGUUGAAUAAGGCUCACCCUUUAGGAAAGUGCGUUGCCUAA